GCUUCCUACCCACGCACUGUAAAGAAUGAAAAAUGAAAAUUAAUAAAAACUCUGAGCCGGCUCACUCCAUCUUAUUCCCAAUUUCUUCCCUAUCACCACGCCUUUAGAAACCGUCUCGUCCGCCGGGAUACUAAAUCCUAGCGGUCCCGUUUCCGCGGCGUAGAAGGUAGAUAAAUGCCACGCCUGCCGCCGUCGUUAUUUCGACGCGCGUGGGCGGUUGAGCUACACCUCGCGACACUGCUGCCAGCGUGUAGGGACUUGACCUCGGCGCGAGACGAGUUGCGCUGGAUUCGCGAGCACGUAGAUUCCUUACCAUAUUUCAAUCACAGUCAAACCAACGUCAAUGUCAAUGUCGACAAAAAAAUAUGGCGAACUUCUUUGGGAAAUAAAAAUAAGUUAGUGACCAAACUCUGUCGAAAGAGAGGUACCGGAUAUCCCCUACAGUAUGUCCUAGGCUCACAACCGUUCGGCGACUUGGAGAUUAAGUGUCGGCCAGGAGUACUGAUCCCGAGGCACGACACAGAAACUUGGGUUUUAAGGCUUGCGGAACUCAUUGAGUGGGAAGAUGGCAACGAGGAGCGACCGGAUCUGACGAUUUUGGAUCUGUGUACCGGGACCGGGUGCAUCCCACUAUUGCUACAUUCGCGACUACGGGAAGAAUUCCCUAGGAUAAGCGUCGCGGGGAUUGACAUUGAUCCCAAGGCUGUCGCACUCGCGACCGAGAACUUGAAGGAAAAUAAGCGAAGAGGUCUACUCUCCGAAGAUCCAGCGCAGAAUAUUCAGUUCGAAAGAGCUGAUAUUUUCUCCGAUGAAUGGAUAUCGUCGCUAUUCCCACAAGCAAAGCGAGCAAUUGAGACUAGAGGAGUGGAUAUCCUCGUGUCCAACCCGCCGUAUAUCUCAGCUAAAGGUUUCAACUAUGAUACACAGCGCUCGGUGCGCAAUUACGAACCUAAGCUCGCCUUGGUUCCAUCACCCACGGUCUCGCAUUCCUUUUCUAUACCGAAUGUCCGACCGGAAGAUGUUUUCUACGCUAGGAUAUUCGAAGUCUCGCAGAUGCUCCAGCCACGGUUCAUUGUCCUUGAGGUAGGAGACCAGGCACAGGCCAAUCGCGUGAUCGAGAUGGCGCAGAGUCAAUUUGGCAACGACAACGUCGACUACGAAAUUGAGAAUUGGGCUGAAAGGGCUAUCUUCAUACGUAGAGGUUGACACUCUCCACCGGUGUUUCCACUGCGACCCAAACGGAAUAUUUACAAUCAAUAUUAU